GUGCCGAUGGGACGCACCACUUUCUUCCACCUCUCCAUUUGGGGCUUCCUGAUUGCCUGCUCCUUUCUGCAAGGCACAGAAGCACUUAGCUGCCCCCAGGACUGGAUCAACUUUCAGUGGAAUUGCUAUUCAUAUAGGCAAACUGCACGGAGUUGGAAUGAUGCGGAGGCGGACUGCCAAAUGUUUGGGCAAAAAAGCCACCUGGCCUCCAUCCUUAGCGAGGAAGAGCACAGACGUAUAGCCUCUGCGAUAACAGGGGCAUAUGAGAUCAAAGGCCCUGUCUGGAUUGGACUGUUCAGAAAGAAAAAGGCCCGGAAGAAUAUACAGUGGGAAUGGACCGAUAAUGCCGUGUUCGGCUACAUGAAUUGGGGACCUGGACAACCCUCCAACAGCAAAAAUGACGAACACUGUGUCGAGAUGUAUGGUGAAGAACAACUCACAGGCAUGUCCGAAGUCCGUGUUGGGGGCCUAAUUCAGCCCGCUG